AAUCGAGACUUUUUUUAAUUUAUUGCCGUGUUUGUACGGAUUAGUUCUGCAGUUUAUAAAACAAUAAUAAUUUGUUACCUAAGCCUAAUAUUUGUGAUUGAUUUAGAUUCCAAAAUAGCAGUAUGUCGGAGGAAAAUAAAGCAACGAAGGUGCGGAAGAUCCGCCAGUAUAGCAAAGAAAAUUUGCUAAAAGCUGUGGAAGCCGUAGGUCAUGGCAUGAGCUUGAUAAAGGCAGCAAAGCAGUUUGGAGUUCCUCGAACGACACUGACUAGCUAUCAUGAGGACCGCGACCGAAAGGGAAAGAUGGGCCCAACAUUGACCUUCACCGAUGACGAAGAGCAAUUGAUGGUCAACUGGACACGAGAUAUGCGCCAGAAAGGGAUGCUGUGCAAAAGUUCAGAAUUGUUGGAAGCAGCUCGGUGGAUGCUGGAUACGUACCCAAGGCAGGGGAAACAUAAAGAUAGAACAUUGUCUAGAAGCUGGUGCAAAGGAUUUUACCGGCGCCAUCCCCAGGUAACUUCAUACCUUCAGGAUAUGAGGGAAGACCAGCUCGAACCGACAUCGCAACAGCAGUGCUAUGAAAGUGUAUUCCAGCAGUUAGACUGCCUAGAGCUGUUCAAGAAUGGCUCACGGGUGUUCAAAUACACCGAAAUCAGAUUUGGCCUCGGAUCGAAUUUUUACAACUAUUUGGCAAGUAGCAGUAGCAGCGGCAACGUCAGCCAUAAAGCAGAUUUGAUUACGACGGGUUUUAUAUCGUCAGCAAAAGGUCGGUUAGCAUUUCCCAUGAUAGUUUACCCGCAUGAUGGGACCAUUCCAUUGGAUCUGGCUGCCACGGUACCUUUAUUUUAUGGAUAUGGAAGCAGCCCGAAUGGAAUCUCGACGAAUGAAACAUUCUGCAACUUUGUAACGAAAGUUUUCUAUAAAUACUUGAUGUUGAACAAAGUGCCGCUUCCUGUGAUUCUUUUCGUGGACGGAACCAAACCAAAUAUCUCUCUGGAGCUAUGGCAUGCGUGUAAGGCACUUGGCAUUAGUUUGGUGGCACAAAAUCCAGAUGAAAGUCUCAACAACAAAAAGCAUUUUUUGCCAAACACUGUCCUCACGUCGCACGUCAUGACCAAGCUACGUGAAGCACUUAUGCAGUGGAUGGAGAUCAAUGGGUGUCGUAUAACAGAAAGUAACUAUGCAGAAUUGUUACAACCGGUAGUGCACAACUCUAUUACAGAUGAUCUGAUACUGGCUGAUUGGAAGAAAUUUAGAUUCUAUCAGUGGAUUAUACGGCGUACAUUACGCAUUGAGGACAUUGAGUUUGUCAGCGCAGAUCCAGCGGCGAUAGAGGGAGAUACAACUGAGGCGGAUGAAGAAGCAGCGGCGAUUAUGGCUGAACCAAUACUGGGAGAGGUAGAAUCAGCAGAUAGUUCGUAAAUAGAGGUAUGCAUAUCAAUAAAA